GUGGACACAGUGUCCCUCAAAAAAAAUCCAGAGUGCUCUAGGUUUCAUUUAAGUGUAAAACCUGUACACAUAGUGGGGUUAUUCAUCAGGGAACGGUACCUCCAGGGGUCACACAAAGGUAAUCUAGGGAUCACUCCACUCUUCAUCACACCUGACUCGCCUUUCCCAUGGGAUUUAAGUAAAUUAAUUUCACUAUCAUUUGCAAAGGUAACUAUAUUUCAAGGUUUUUUACAUCUGGUUUGGAUUUUACAUCCAAGAGGAAUAUCCUGGUGAGCUGUGGAUUUAUUAUGUGGGAUACUACCUUGGGGAGAUUUUGGAUAUGUUUUUUAAUCAACAUGGAAUGUAACCCUGAUUUAUACAUGGAUUUGCCUGAAGCUGGAGAUAAAUUCCAAAAAUGAAGGAUUUACUUUUUGCCUGAAGGAUUUAUUGAGGUAUAUCAAUGUCCCGCCACUGGCCUAUCAUUUUUGACCCAAGACUUGAUUAUUGGACUACUUCCGUUGCCAAUAUGUGGAUAUACCCUGUUCUGGAUUUUAAGUUUUAAGCAACUGGAUGGAAGAACUUAGAGAAUACACAUCACAAGAAAGACUGAACAAAUGCAUAUAUCCCAAGUUUUCCAAGUUACUUUAGAGUAAAGUGUAACUAUUUUACUGAUGCCAUGCCCCGAAUGUGGAAGUUAUAUUCAGAAGGCAGAGAGAGAACGCUCCCGGAUCCAAAUGGCCAUCUUCCAAAGUUUUUGGCGUAAUUAUUCAUCUGAGGAAGCACGAAGAAGGUUGGAACGUCAUGGAUGCAGUUCAUCAUGGACAGAGUGAUGUGGAUCAUACGGUGGCUAGGUUUAUUGUUGCCAUUUAUCUGGAAUACUAAGGUGUGGAUGUACUGUACCUGUGCGUGCGACCUCCAAGAGCCCAGGAUGACUGUAAACAAAAAAAAUGCCAUACAUUUCUACCAACACGCCUAAUGGGAUCUUUGGACUUUGGAAUUAUGUGAUACCAAGACUCGAAAAGGAUUUAUUACUCUGUGAUGUGUCUUAUUCUUCCAGAAGCUAAGGAGCAGGAUGUAAUCCACUGGGUUUUUUUUUUUUUUUUUACUGGUAUGUUUAGUGUAUUUUUCUUCGAUGGAAUCGCUCAACCUUGGGACAUACUCCUUCCUUAUUCUACCAUUGCCAUCAAGAUUGAUGAUCCAUUUGGAUAUAUUUGCUAUACUGCCUUCAAACAUAUUAUUAGCUAGUUGACCUGGAUAUGCAGAUUAAGUUCAUAAUCAUAUUUUUUUGACAUGUUAUCAAGUUAUUUUUUUCCCCACUCCAUUUAUUCAGAUUUGUCAAGGAGCAUAUUUCUAAAAUUGUUUGCUUUUCCUUUUUUGUCCUCAUCCAAUGGAGAGAAUUAAGUAACUAAAUACCAAACUGUGGAAUAUACAGGAAUCCUCACCUGGUCCUUGAAGAUAACUCAAAGUACAAUUCAGGAGAAACAUUUUUCCCCUAAUUGGAUCAAUUGAUGUUUUUGUUUUUCUCCAAUUUUUCAUUGGGGCAUUCACAUUCUGACCACCUAGAUUUUAUUUGGAUUAAUUUUGGUAACUUCUUUCCCAAAAGUAGCUCAGAAAGCCGUGAACGUGCUUAUGAUCACAGCCCAUAUGGCCACCAUGAGCGCAGUGGGACUUUUGACAGACAACGUCACUACAACGCUGAUUAUUACCGCGAUCGCCCAGUGUUUGCACCCGCCGGCCCCGGCAGCAGUGCCAUCGGAGGGAGUUUUGAGGCAGCAGACCCACAUUUUGACUCUAGAAUACGAGACCCAUUUACCCUUACCAAUUCAACACGGCGAGACCUCUACAGAGAUGAUAGGGGGAGACGUGUUGAUCGAUCUUAUCACCACCGUCGAAGCAGAUCAUCUCAUUCCUCCCAGUCGAGGCAUCCGUCUCCUCAGCGGACCGCAGGGCAAACCUCAAAAACCCCUCAUUCUCCUAAAAGAACCCCUUUGUCCCCCGGAAGAGGCCCAAGGUCGAGAUCUCAAAGCAGAUCUUCAAGCUCCGACUCUGUCAGCAGCACCAGCAGCACAGGCAGUGGCAGCGACUCAAACAGCAGCUCCAGCGAUGGUUCCCGGGCCCGCUCCGUUCAGUCAUCGGCUGCUCCCCAGACAUGUUUAGUGAUGGACUCUGAAGAGCCUCGAAGAAGCUUUGGGAUUAAAGUGCAAAACUUACCAGUGCGCUCCACAGAUACAAGUUUAAAAGAUGGACUCUUCCAUGAAUUCAAGAAAUAUGGGAAAGUGAAUUCAGUGCAGAUUCAUGGCGCAUCAGAGGACCGCUAUGGAUUAGUGUUCUUCAGACAGCAAGAGGACCAAGAGAAAGCCCUCAGCGUCUCCAAGGGAAAGCUGUUCUUUGGCAUGCUUAUUGAGGUUACAGCCUGGAAUGGUCCAGAAACGGAGAAUGAAAAUGACUACAGACCGUUAGAUGGACGCCUAGACGAGUUCCACCCCAAGGCUACAAGGACGCUGUUUAUAGGCAACCUUGAAAAGACCACCAGUUAUCAGCAACUCCUGGACAUUUUUCAGCGCUUUGGAGAAAUUGUUGACAUCGACAUCAAGAAAGUAAAUGGGAUUCCUCAGUAUGCUUUUGUCCAGUACUCUGAUAUUGGCAGCGUUUGCAAGGCCAUAAAGAAAAUGGAUGCAGAAUAUUUGGGGAACAAUAGGCUUAAGCUUGGUUUUGGGAAGAGUAUACCUACUACAUGUGUUUGGCUUGAUGGGUUGACCCCCAACAUCACAGAGCAAUACCUCACACGGCAUUUCAUGCGUUACGGGCACGUAGUUAAAGUCGUAUUUGACAGAAUAAAGGAGAUGGCACUCAUCUUGUACAACAACACGGAUUUUGCUCAGGCAGCUGUGCGGGAGACCAAAGGCUGGAAGAUCGGUGGUAAUAAAAUUAAGGUGGAUUUUGCAAGUCAGGAGAGCCAGAAUGCAUUUUACCGCUCAAUGCAAGCCUCUGGACAAGACAUUAGAGACUUUUAUGAAGUUCCACCAGAACGACGAGAGGAUCGCAGACCUCCUUAUCAUGAGUUUACAGCAGAGAGAGCUUACUAUGAGAAUAUAAGAACCACUGGCCUUUAUCCAGAGGAAGCUCGCAGAGAGUACGCCGCACGUAGCAGAGAGCGUUUUUCUGAACUGGAGCAUUAUCAGGGAGAACACUUUGACCCACGUUAUCAUGAGGAUCCAAGAGACUACAGGGAUUACCGAGACCCCUUUGAGCAGGACAUCAGAAAAUAUACCUACAUUCAAAGAGAGCGAGAAAGAGAGCGGGAGCGUUUCGAGGCUGAUCGCAGCAGGUGGAGCCCAUCGCAAAGAAGAGCUGUCACUCCCACAAUUUCCCCUUCUCCAUCCGAACGUGCUGCCAGAGACUCAGAACGGCGUGUUUACAGCCAGUCUUCAGAGAGGAGCGGCAGCGUGAGCUCCAUGUCACCUCCACAUUUGGACAAAUCUGAAAAGACCUUGCUAGAUCACGCAGCAAAGAGUGAGAAGAGCGCUCAGCCCGAUCGCAUGGCAGGGGCAGAGAAAAUCAAACGUCCAAAAAGAAAAGAUAAAACUGACAAAGAAAAGACUGAAAAGAAUAAAUCAAGGAAAGGAAAGGGUCAGUCCCCGGCUAGCCAGAUACCAGAAACAGAGCCGGAUGCUGCUUUUGAUGGAGGAAGAGGAAGGGGAUCAGACCAAGAUGUUCAUGAGAAACCGAAAUCUAAGGUGGAUGGAGACGCUCUGUCUGGAAACCAGUUAACAGCUUCUCAAGACUCUGUAAAAACUGAAACGACUAAAGGGGAUAUUGCAGAGCUAGACGGAAAACCCAAACUUAAAAAACAACCGAAGUCUGAUAUUGGAAAUGAUGGAAAGGAUUCAGCAGUGGAUUCAGAUCGCCUCGCUGCAAGAAAAAGGCGCUUUGGGGAUUUAGGUGGCAAGACUGUUCGUCAGAAAAGAAGCAGGCAUGAGGAGGAGGAUGGCAGUCAGUCAUCAGACUUUGGCUCCAGUACCACAUAUGUGAAAGAACCAGACGCAGACAAACACAAAGAUCCUCAGCGACGAGAUGCACGACUCAAAACAGAAAAAAGUGUCACUCAAAAGGAUGGACUAGAGGAUCUCAGAGGACAAAGAGAAAAAUCCGAAGGUUCUGCAGAUCUGCCAGAGUCAAAACGACAACAAGGAAGCACUUCCUCCAGAAGGGUCUCACUAGAGGGGAAUUCAGAUCAAAGCAUUUUAAGAGAGCAAGAACAAACUGCUGCAUUCAAGCCUAGUCAGAAUGCUGAAACUAAUAAAAACGCCAAGACUAAAGAAGACCAUGUUGACAUUGAUCUUUCUCAGAGUUACCGCAAGCAGAUGGAGCAAAACAGACGUUUACACAUGCAGCAGCAGCAACAGCGCGAGUCUGACAAACUGAAAAAAGCAGAAAGUCUGCUAAAAAACGAAACUGAAGACCUGGAACAUCGUAGCCUUGUGCAUGAAGUUGGUAAACCACCUGAGGAUGUCACAGAUAAUUUUCCAUCUCACAAGCUGUCUGACCAGUUUGAAGCCGAGCCCGGGAUAAAGAGAGAGCGUUUCUAUAGGAGACAAAAAAGUGAAGACCCUGACUGGAGUAGUACCCCUUCUCCAGGACACCAAGUUUUCUCUCAGCAUGCUGAUGAGGACUUCAUGGAUGCCUCUCUGAAGGAGUUAAGUCGAAACAAUCAGAAGAUUCACCCAGAACUUGAACUUUUGGUCAAAAGGACCCACAACACACAGGUGAACAAGACAAACACCCCCAUUAAUAUUGGGGAAGAAGAUCAACAAAAGAGGUGGGAGAGCAGAGUUAAGCAGGACCUGCUACCCAACCUGAACUUUUCUAGAGGCUUGGGCAAAAACCUUCACAACCGCAAGCCCUCAGAAUACGGCCUCUGGCAUGAUUUGGAGCCUGGGGAAGUGAGAUCAGACUCUGAAGAGGAUAGAGAGAACAAACCCCUCUCUCCUGCUCCCUCCACCUCUAUGCCUUUUUCUGAGAGGCCGAGACCUGAUCGGUUUUCAGACCCAAAGCUGGCUCACCUUGAAAGAAACAAAUUCUAUUCGUUCGCACUUGACCAGACUAUCACCCCCGAUACUAAAGCUCUACUGGAACGAGCAAAGUCUUUGUCCUCUUCUCGUGAGGAUAACUGGUCAUUUUUAGAUUACGAUUCCCACUUUGUGAAUUUCCGAAGCCAGAAAGACACAGAGAAAGUAGAAUCAGCACCAAGACCUACUCCUUCCUGGUACAUGAAAAAGAAAAAGAUACGAAGUGGAUCCGAGGACAAACUCGAUGACAGGAAAGAAGAGCCCAAGCCGGAGGAACAGGAACGCAGAGAGCUUUUCGCUUCACGUUUCCUUCAUAGCGCUGUGUUUGAGCUGGACUCUAGACGACUUCAACACCUUGAGCGCAAAUACGAAGAGUUGGAGCACAUGCUGAACCAACAAGCUAGUCAGCAAGGAGCAGAGGGAGAACUUGAGACCGGCCCAGUUGUCCUCUUUCACAGCCGUUUUCUGGAGCUCACACAACUACAACAACAAAAAAACAAGAGUCAGCAGCUGCAGGAGGAUAAAGGAAACACAGUUUGUACAAGUGAAAAUAAAGAGGAAAAACCAUCUGAGCAGGAACAACAAGAUUUACGGUCUAAUGACAUGCCAGAAUCUAGUGUGGCAGCUGAAAUCAAACCCAUCAGUCCUGUUGAACAAGUUGCUCCUGAACCAAAACUGACUCCCAAUCUUGUUAUUCAGUCUGCAAGCAAAGACACACCUUCUUCACACCAGAAAUGUGUGCUACCAACUCCACCCGCUGAUGUGUGCCCACCUAUGUCUUUUACAAAAGAGGAGACAAAGGAAGAAGUAAAAGAAAGUGAAGAUGUUGUACCAAUGCACUGUUCACCAACUGAGACCUUAAAAUCUGAACCUGCACCUGAAACUGUUCCUGAAACUAACAUUUCUGAGGAGAACCUGGAAUUUCUUGAAGAGGAUGCAAAGCCUUUAAUUGACGAACAAAUAAAUGACCCUCGUUCUCAUGAAGAGUUGGUUAGCAGAUCAGAGCCAGAGCCAAGUCCUGAGAUGUCACAACCAGAAGUGCCUUCAGCUAGUAGUCCAGUACAACUCAGUGUUGCUGAAGAAGCAGAUUUAAUCAAAGAAGAUCCUCUUUCCACAUGUCAAAAAACAGUAGAGUCAGAAGGAGAGAAGAAACUUGAAGAAGUGAGUAAAGAAGAGAUUUCUGUUGAUAGUGAUGCAAUUGAAGAGCCAGUCUCCUUUCAAAAAGAAAAUAAAACAAAAGAAAUUAAAACUAAAAAAGGCAGGCAAUCUCCUGCUCAAGUUCCUUUAACAUCUGUCUCUGAGAAACAAGCUACACGCAAGAGUGAGCGCAUCGACAAAGAUAAGCUGAAGCGUGGCUCAUCCCCAAGAGCUGAAACAAAGUCUUCAGCCAAGUCUCCAACUCCCGGAUCAGAUCAUGAUCAUUCGGAGCAGAGCAUCCCGAUAAGUAGAGCAAGAACUCGAAGAAAUGUAAAAUCUGUUUAUGCAACCCCAGUGGAAGACGAUGCACCAACUCGUGGCAAGGAAACUGAGUCACCUCGCUCUGCACGAAAGCGGGGUACAGAGAAAGAAGCUCUGCAGCACAGCACCGAGUCGGAACCACCGACUCCAGCGCCAGCAAAACAACGUGGGCGUCCUCCCAAAAACCGCAAACCGAUUGAAGAGGUUUCAGCUGCAAAAACAGAGAAAAUAAAAAUGGAUAAGGAUGCAGAUUCAAAUGAGUCGGAGAACGGUGAACGGGUUUCAAGAGUUGCUAAGGGGAAAAUGUCCCCUUAUCUCACAAAGGGUUCCUCAAAUCCAAUACCCUCAGUCCCAGGCUCUAAGAAAGGGGACAAAACUGAAACAGCUGAUGAGAAUCAAGUAAUACAUUUCACAGAAGCAGAAGAUUUGUCUUCACAACAUUCGUCAUCUUCAGGCAAAGACUCUUCAGUAAAAUCAGAUGUAAAGAAAGGCUCAGAACUGGAUAAAGACGUUCAUGAAAAAUUAUGUGAGGAGAAAUCGAAUGGAAAAGAAACAGAUUCACUGCUGGGUGAGGAGAAACCUGCCCCAGAGAAAGAGAAGAUCAUAAAAGGAAAAGUCAAGGCUGCAAAGCCUCAUGUUUUUAGGGACCUCCAAGUCAUACUGGAUGUCAAAGAGGUCAAAGAUCACGUUUCCAGGUGCACUACUGCCAACAAAGAGUGCCCUAAUGAAGAAAAAGAGAAGAAGGAUGUAGACUCCUCAAAGAGCUCUUCCCUACAGGAGCGUGAAUUGGAGCAGGCAGUUGAGAACAUCGCCAAACUUACUGAACCGGCUUUGCCAGCAGAACUACCAACUCCUGUCCCUCCUGCAGAGGUAAAAAGUGAUCCUGAGGAGGAAAAGCCUUGUAAUCCUGCCAGUGAGACAGAGCUGAUGGCUGCCAUUGACUCAAUAACAGGCGAAGAUGUAAGUGUACCUCUCACCCCAGCUGCUCCAGUUAGCACAGAAGUUUGUUCAGAACCUGAGGUCCAGGAGUUUGUCCCACCGGUCAAGGUUGAAGAACCUGAAACCGCACUGCAAGAGGAAGCCGUCUUCUCAAAUACUCCCAAAAAGAGUUACAAGGGAAGGCCCAAAACACCUAAACGCCCUAAAGCCCCAAAGCAUGCACGAAAAGAUGUGAAAGAAGAAUUAAGUGAGGAGUUGACGGUGCCUUUAGCUGAGAGUACAGCUUCUGAUGUAAAGAUUGUGGCUGAGAAGCCUCCAUCUGCUGCAGCUGCUGCAGUUAUCACUCCUACGACCUGGAAAUCGGAAGCUGAACUUCCAGCUGUGAAGGCAGCAGAAUCGGAGUUGCCGUCGCCUGUUGAAGAGCAAACACAAGCUGUGAAACCUACACACCCCCAGGCUAAGAGCCCCAUAUACCCUCAACAGUUACCAGCUGAGUGUGUUUCUCUCUCUCUGGCCUCCAACAGGCCCAACAUCAGAUCCAUUCAAACCAGCCGAGCGCCUGUUUCUCCACCCGACUGGCGACACCAGUCUAAGGAUCCAUGUGUUACCUCUGCACAUAUAAUGUCAGUAGCAGCCAAGGAAGGCCAGCUGACCACUUCUGACUCCAACAGCAAAGAGCUAGAUCAAGGCACAAGUGACUUGAGGCAGAUUCUCAUGAAACCUAAAACAAUUACUCUCCCAGGAGGAGGAAGUUCUGCUCCAACCAAUCUGCCCAGUCUCCGAGAUCAGAAUCCAUCUGAAAGCAAUCCUGCCAUCACAGCUGCUCUUCACAACAGAUCCCCGCUCCCUGAGAGUAAAACGCCGACUCAUUCAGUUCCACCUAUUGUUCGAACACCCUCCACGUUACCUGGAGAAACUAAAUCUGUGAUCUCCGUAAUUGCAUCUACGGCAACUUCUGUUAUUAGUCGCGUUUGCAACCCCCCUGAGACUGAGGAAAAACCUAAUCUAAUUAUUGGAAAUCCCUCCAUGGAUGUGACUCUGCCCAAAACGGCCUACAGGCCCAGCAAAGACGAUGGCGGACCUUACCACGGUGCCACGUUCAGUUCUGGGUCUUGCUCUGGUCUGCGAGUAAACACGUCUGAAGGAGUGGUGGUGCUAAGCCACUCAGGCCAGAAAACAGAAGGACCCCUGAGGAUCAGUGCCAAGAUUAGUCAAAUCCCACAAGCAACAGCCGGUGACAUUGAAUCUCAGCAAUUGGUGCCGAUUCCCCAGAUUAAACAAGAUGUUUACAGCCAUUCUCAGUCGGGACAUCAGAAGGGGUCUUCACAAACUGAUCAUGGGCAUCCUGGUAAACUCCAAUCAGCUCUGUCUUCAAUUAAGCAGGAAAGCGGCAGCUGCAGUUUAGAAAAGAUGGAUUCAGCUUACCAGGCGGGGCCCCAAGGAGUCGUGAAGCGUCUCCCGCAAGGUAACCAGCAGGUAAUGGGUUACCACCAAGACUACCUGCAAUUAAAACACCAAAAGAAGAUGGAGAAUGUUGAUCCUCAUGGUACAGAUGGAGCUAAGCCAUCUUGGACCUCCACUGUAAGCCCUGCUAUAAGCCCACAUUUACCAUCUCCCCCUGGGAACCAUGUGGGCUUCGUCACAUCCACUGGUGACAGAGGUCCGUCGCAUCUUGGUAGCAUCAAACAGGAACCACGGUCCCCGAGAAAGUCAGGACAUUCUCAUCCUCCUUUCACCAAGGUGUCUUCACCUCUUGGCUCCUCCUCACCCAAGGGGAUCCCUGUAAUGAUAUCCUCUGCUCUCAACCCUAUGCAGCAGUAUAUCACUGGUGUCCACCACCCAGAGCAAUCUGUCAUCAUGCCACCUCACAACGUGCCUGGAGGUGUGGGACGAAUGUCUCCUCACUGCGUCUCCCAGUCCAUUACAGUGGGUCAUCUGGUUCAGGGGGAGGUCCGGGUCAACACACCACCUCUGUCUGUGAUGAACUACGUCCAUAGCGAGAAGCUUGCCUCUCCGUGGUCUGGUUCCCUGCAGCCGCGGUCGUCCUCCCCCCAGGCUGUCAGCAGGGACAAAGUCCUCAAGGUCAACCACGGUUCUUUGCGGGGCCACGAGGGCGAACAGGACGAAUCCAGACACUUCCACCAAGCUGGGAGACCAUCUGCCACCCUGCCGACAGAUACUCGGGGAGCUUUGAGGACUAACAUGGAAACGUUUAUCGCUAAGAGAGAUAUGCGAGUGCACCUGCACCAGCAGGGGGAGCGUCUGACACUGGACCCCCAUUCUGGACACAUUCAGGAAACUCUGCCGCCUUCUUUAUCUCCGAGAGCUCACAUGUUGCCCAAAGGCGUGUCUGAGAAGGACAUAAAGUCGCUGGAAGCAAAGAGGCCGCACUCUCCUGUAAUUCAAAAGGAUGGAAUAAUGGCGAUCCGGCAGUCUGGCGGUGCUAUUGCGUCACCUCAACGGGUUUCCCUGAUGCCACCGGGACCCAGCGGGUCAUUCUCCGAGUACUCAGGAAUGUACCCAAACCGCAUGCAUUCUCAGAUCCCGGAUGCCCCUGUUGGGCACAACCAGCCACCGUUGAACGUCACUCCGUCUAUGGGUGCAGAACUCCAGGCUAAACCAGAUGGAAAAAUGACCCAGACUGUUAAUAUGGUGCAGUUGCUUACGAAGUACCCUAUAGUGUGGCAGGGCCUUCUAGCACUGAAGAACGACACAGCUGCUGUCCAGCUGCAUUUCGUCUGUGGAAACAAAGCUCUGGCUCAUCGAUCGCUGCCUUUGCAAGAAGGAGGCGCUCUGCUCAGGAUUGUUCAGAGGAUGAGACUGGAGGCCUCUCAGUUGGAGAGUGUAGCCAGAAGAAUGACGGGUGACAGUGAUUUCUGUCUUCUCCUCGCUUUGCCUUGUGGACGAGAUCAAGACGAUGUCAUAAACCAAACUCAAGCUCUUAAAGCUGCAUUCAUCAACUACCUGCAGGCAAAACUGGCAGCUGGUAUCAUCAAUAUCCCCAAUCCAGGUUCCAAUCAGCCCGCCUAUGUGCUCCAGAUUUUCCCGCCCUGUGAGUUUUCCGAGAGCCACUUGUCUCAGCUGGCCCCCGACCUUUUGAACAGGAUCUCCAGCAUCUCGCCACACCUCAUGAUCGUCAUCACCUCUGUGUGACCUGUGACCCCUCCGGUCACUGGACGCUCCCGCCCGCGAGCCUCAGAGGUGUUUCUGUUCCUGGAUCCAGUGGAAGGGAAAUAAAAGAAAAAAAACAUUUUUGGAUGAAACUUAAACAUUUGAUUUUUUACAUCUGAUUUUUUUUCCUCUUUUGUUUGUCACUCCUGUCUGGUAUAUUUGUCCUUCUCAGAAAAAAAAAAGAAAAAAAGACACACAAAAAAAACUCAGGGAUGGAUCAAACCAGAAUGAGUCUUACUUGACCAUUUUUCUGCUGUAUUUAUAUUUAUUGAAGUUUUAUUCUAGUGUGUUGGAGAUGAAGAAGGAAGAAAAAAAAAGAACAUUAACAUAAAAACUGGUGACUAUCUGGGUGGCAUCUUUUCAUUGGUGUUUAUUUUUUUUUGACUCAUUUCUUCACAGGAGGAUCAUUACAGCUGUUGUGCUGCAACGGUUAACGGGACAUUUCAUCGUGUAAUUUUAAAAUGAAUUAUGUACAGACUUCUUCUCUCGGCCUUUUAUCGGAGGAAGGAUGAACUUGUAAAUCUUUGGAGACCCUGAUGAGGACCAUGUUCAUUCAACAGCUACUUCAUUUCCAUCAACUCUGCUCAUUUUUCCUCACUACUGAAGAGGUCACACAUCUGGCAUGGGCCUCCACGUCGAGCAAGCUUCAUUCUGAGGGGUCUUUCCGUACAGAACUUUGUACAUAUUUUAAAUAUUUAAACGUCAGUGGAAAAAUGGCGACUUAACAGAGACUUUACCUCCAGGACAUACGAGAACGCAGAGUGUGGACAUUUAGAUGGAUCUUUACUUUUUUUGAUGUAAAUACUUGUAACACAAAGAAAGUUGGCAAACUCUGCAGAGUCUGCUGAUGGCACUUCAUAUUUUGUAACUCAAAUAAAACAACAGAAAACAUGA